UGAGUCUGAAUCUCGUACGACAGCUACGUGUGCGUGUAACAUCAAUUCGCAAUAUUGUUCGAAGUAUUCUGUAUUUAAAUUAUUUGUUUGUUAAUGAUAAUUAAUACUUCUUAAGUUUCAAAAUGGUUUUGGCAGAUUUAGGGAGAAAGAUAACUUCAGCGUUGCGUUCACUGAGCAAUGCAACCAUCAUAAACAAAGAGGUGCUAGAUUCUAUGCUGAAGGAGAUAUGUGCUGCUCUGUUGGAAGCUGAUGUUAAUAUUAAACUUGUAAAACAGUUGAGGGAAAAUGUUAGGUCAGUGAUUGAUUUUGAAGACAUGGCUGGAGGAUUAAACAAGCGAAGAAUGAUUCAGUCAGCAGUUUUUAAGGAACUUGUUAAGCUUGUUGAUCCUGGUGUCAAAGCUUAUCAACCAACCAAAGCCAAAUCAAAUAUUAUCAUGUUUGUUGGUCUGCAGGGAAGUGGUAAAACUACCACAUGCACCAAGCUAGCCUACUACUACCAGAAGAAAGGGUGGAAGACAAGCCUGGUGUGUGCUGACACAUUUCGGGCUGGAGCUUUUGAUCAGCUAAAACAAAAUGCUACAAAAGCAAGGAUUCCCUUCUAUGGCAGUUAUACAGAGGUAGACCCAGUUGUUAUAGCCCAAGAUGGAGUGGAAAAGUUUAAGAAUGAAGGAUUUGAAAUUAUUAUAGUUGACACCAGUGGCCGUCACAAACAAGAAGAUUCACUGUUUGAGGAAAUGUUACAGGUGUCUAUUGCUGUGAGUCCAGACAACAUUAUUUUUGUCAUGGAUGCUUCCAUUGGCCAGGCUUGUGAAGCUCAGGCACGUGCCUUUAAAGAGAAAGUAGAUGUAGGAGCUGUAAUUGUCACAAAAUUAGAUGGACAUGCUAAAGGAGGUGGAGCUCUUAGUGCGGUAGCAGCAACCCACAGUCCUAUUAUAUUUAUAGGUACUGGUGAACAUAUAGAUGAUUUUGAACCUUUUAAAGUCAAGCCUUUUGUCAGCAAGCUGCUAGGUAUGGGAGAUAUUGAGGGGUUAAUUGACAAAGUCAAUGAGCUGAAACUAGAUGAUAAUGAAGAGCUAAUAGAAAAACUAAAACAAGGUGAAUUUACUCUUAGAGAUAUGUAUGAACAGUUUCAAAAUAUUAUGAAGAUGGGCCCAUUUAGUCAGAUCAUGGGUAUGAUUCCUGGGUUUAGUAGUGACUUUAUGACAAAAGGAAAUGAGCAAGAGUCCAUGUCUCGACUAAAGAAAUUAAUGACCAUAAUGGAUAGUAUGAAUGACCAGGAACUAGACCACAGAGAAGGAGCCAAGUUAUUUUCCAGGCAGUCUGGACGGGUGACUCGGGUGGCACGAGGUGCUGGUGUUACAUCACGAGAAGUGCAGGAACUCUUAUCCCAAUACACAAAAUUUGCUGCUAUGGUGAAGAAGAUGGGAGGCAUCAAAGGCCUUUUUAAAGGUGGUGAUAUGGGAAAGAAUGUGAAUCCAGCACAGAUGGCAAAACUGAACCAACAUAUGGCCAAGAUGAUUGAUCCUAAGGUUUUGCAACAAAUGGGUGGUAUGUCAGGACUUCAAAAUAUGAUGAGACAACUUCAGGGUGCUGCCUCAGGUAAUCUCAGCCAUUUGAUGGGUAACAAGUGACAAGAAUGAAUGACAAGUUUGUUUAAAACUGAGAAAUAAGUAUGAGCUGAUCAUCGCCAUCAGUGCUACAAAUACAAACUAUUAAAAACACCUAUCAUUCCAAACUCCCCCCCUCCCCCUCCUACCAUGCCAAGUUUUCAUUUCUGAUGCAGCAUACCAGAUACAUUACUAUUUGACAGUUAAGUUUUAUUUUGUUCAGAAGUUACGUGAUAAUGAUGUCCAAAAGUGGUUUCAUUUAACAGAAGAUGGUGCUUUGCAAAGGAAGAUGCAGACUCUCCAUCACAUCUCUCACUUAUUUUUCUCUUUCAUAAAUUUAAAAGAAAAUUUUAAUUGGGAUUUCAUGUGAAGUAAUUUUUUUAUUUGCAUAUUUAACUGUAGAAACUUCGGUGAAGAACAGCAUGAUUUCUGAAGUUAAUUUGAUGUUGUACAUAUCCAUGUAGAAUAAUAGAGAGUUGACCAAUUGUAUCCCUUACAUGAAAUUCAAUUGAAUGUUAAAGAAAAUUAGUACUACAAAUUUCUCUUUUUUAUUAUUUUUGAAUAAAAAACUAAAGUUCCUUGCAGUUAAGGAAUUGUAUGAUUGUAAACUGCUCUAAUAGAUGUUUGAACUGGAUCCCUGGGAGUGUUAGUAGAAAUUCAGACAUUAGGUGUAUAAUAAAAAUAUAUAUGUAAUUUAGCUAAUUUAAAAAAUUUGGCUUUUGUAGAAAGAAUUUAAAAUAUUUUGUUUUGUCUUGCUGGUUAACUGUAGAGAUUGUCAAGCAAAAAUUAUUUUUUUUUUCUAGUGAACUAACUAAACACUAUACUUUGAAAAGAAAUGAGAGUAUAAUUACACAUUUAUCAGUAAAACGACUUCACUGGUGAAAAAAAAAAUAUAAUUAUAAACUGUAUGCAUUAGGCUUAAAGAUAACUGAUCUUUCUGCUAACAGCAGUUUACAUUAUAAAUGUAGCUCUGUGUAGAACUUAAGCCUAAGAAUGUAGUUACAAAUAAAUAGACAUAUCUUGUUUGUAUUGAAACAGGAUAGUCUGCAAGUCAGGAAUUUGCCCUACAGUGGGUUAAUUCUUUUAGUAUCAUAAAUUAUAGUAAUAUACUGAGGAUAUCUAUGAAGUUGUACAACAACUUACUGUAUUGCACUUACAAAAGCUAGUGAUUUUGUUAGCUUACAUAUUGUCACCAACAUCAAAGUUACUUAGAUUUAUUGGAGGGAAUAAACAGUAAUACAAGUAGUGGUGGUUUUAACCUUUCUGUGAAGUUUACAUAAUCUAGGUAUGAAAACAAAAACAGAUUAAUUUUCAAAACAUCAAAGUGUUUGAUGAUGGUGUGUGAAUUACUUAAUGGACAAAAUGAGCUAUAAUACCAAUUUUUUUUUUAUAGUUGCAUGUUUUAUGUGACUAAAUGUAUGAUUCGCUAUUUGUGUAUACUAUUUGCAUCACAAUUUGAUUUUACACAACUGGGCUUCUUUACUCUGUUUUACUGAUUAAAUGGCAUUUAAAUUAUUUUAUAAAUACUAACUUUACUUCACAUUUCACAAAUAUGGUACUAACUUUAAUAACAUUAUGCUACCACAUGAUGACUAUGUAUAGAUCAGUUGCACUUACACUCCAUGUAAUUAAGUUAGAUAUUCAAAAGGUUUUGAUAUUAAUAUUACAAAUUUAACACCAUUUCAGCUAAUCUUAACAAAUGUUUUAAGUAUAAAUGAUUUCAUUAAAAUAUUUUAAUUGACAUCUGUGAAAAUUCACUGCUCAAAAAUGAACAUUUUUAAAAAUUGUGUCAGAUUUCAGCAGUUAUUUACUGUAUUAAUUGUUAUUUCAAAAUAUAUAAAUACUUUGCAUAAUAGUCACAUUACAGAAAAUGUAUUCAGGUUCUCUGGUAGCCACAUACAUUACUUAAGUGUGACUGAUUGGAGGAAGGGGGUAUGAAAUGUCAGUAAUUAAUAAAACUAGUAAUGUUUCAUUAGUAUAAAGUCUUACAUCUUUCAUCUUGAGAUGUAUUGUAAGUAUUCUUUCACAUUACAGUAACCAUUAAUAUAACUAAGUACAAAGCUAAUGAGAACUGAACUUUGUAUUGUUUGUUACAGCAUUGCACAUCAAUGCCUAAAUUUGAAUGUGAAAACAUCAGUGCUGUUGAUACCCAGAUUUGUUUUGUCAUCUUAUAUUUAGUUUAUAAAUAGUAAAAGUAACUGAUACUUGUAUAAAGAAGUUAAAACAAGGUAAAUUUCAUAAAGAGGUGUUUUUUAAAUAUUAAAUACAACUAUAUCUGAAGCUGUGUACAUUUUGGAUGAAAAAUUAAAGAUAAACAUUGUACAGAA